AUGAAGGAAGAAGAUGUGAACCGAUGCCAGAUUCAAGAAUGGUACCCAAAAUUUAAAUCAGUGUCGAUUAGGACAUUCAUUCAUGAGCUUCCUGAAUCUUUUGUCCAGUACCUACUCGAUGAUUCGGGACCUUUCCUCCUUCCCGCUUCAAUCUCAAACGAGGAUGCCUUUCCGAAUAGAAUUCAUAAUCCAGAAGAGGAGGAAGAUUAUCAAGUAUCAGAAGGAUCCGGAGAUGAAGCAGAAGCUUUUUCGGCCCCUUGUUUCCCAGAACUUGAGUUGAAGAUCAAGGAGUCAAUUGAAACCCUUGGGGGUGCAAUCUUUCCUAAGUUGAAUUGGAGUGCACCCAAGGACUCUGCAUGGAUAAGCACCUCCGGGACACUCCGAUGCACUACAUUCAGCGAGAUUGCUCUCUUGCUUCGUUCAUCUGACUCUUUGAUCCAUGAUCUAUGUCAUGCAUAUGAUUCAUGCAGUGACAAAACCAUGUCAAGACCCCCUGAAUUCUUCCUUGCCCUUCGGAAAUGGUAUCCACGUUUCCAACCCGAAAUGGAAUUCCGUUGUUUUGUAAAAGGGCAGACGCUUGUUGGUAUUUCACAACGGGAGGUGACUACAUUUUAUCCAGUUCUUCAAGAGAAGAAAAACAAUGUUGAAGUGUUGAUUGAAGAAUUCUUCAAUGACAAUGUGAGGGUGAAAUUUGAAUCAGAUGAUUACACAUUUGAUGUUUAUGUUACAGAGGAUGAACGUGUAAAGGUGUUGGAUUUCAAUCCUUGGGGUGCUUUUACAUUGCCUUUGCUGUUCACCUGGGAGGAAUUGGAGCAGAAAGCCAGGGAAGGAGAUGAUUUGGAGUUGAGAAUUGUAGAGAGCCGAUGCGGUGUUCGGCCAGGUUUAAAGACAGCAGUACCAUAUGAUUACUUGGAUGUUAGUGCAGGGAGUGGCUGGGACCAAUUCCUGAGAAAUGCUAGUGAAGAGUUGCAACAGCAGACCAAGUCACCUGAAGCUGGAGCAUAAGAACUUUAGGUCCAAAAUUGAUGCUGUAAUUGUUACUCCUCCCAAUUCAUGUUACCGAGUCAAAUGCAUUGCUAUCAUAGGCAGAAUUCGCCAUUUUAAGCUAGUCAUUGAUUUUGAGUUGUUGGGAAUAUUCAUUCUAAAACCUUUAAGCAAAGAGACAAUGAUAGUUUUGUUUUGGAUAA